AUGACCUUCUCUUCUUCUUCUUCUUCCUCCCUUCGUGGAUCAUCCACCACACAACACUCCUCCACAGGUAAGCACCCAAUCUACAGAGGAAUCCGAAGCCGUAGCGGAAAGUGGGUAUCAGAAAUCUGUGAGCCACGUAAGAGUACCCGCAUAUGGCUCGGCACUUUCCCUACUCCCGAAAUGGCCGCUGCUGCCUAUGAUGUCGCUGUCCUCGCUCUUAAGGGUGCCGAUGCCAUUCUCAACUUCCCUGACUGCGUACCUUUCUACGCUAUUCCUGCCUCUGCUUCAACCUCCGAUAUACGUAUUGCAGCCAUAGCUGCUGCCGCUGCUAGGAUGCCGAAGCCCGUUACCUUCGAAAGCCCAGUAAUAAGAAGCAAGAACGCCUCAGAGGUUCUCCUCCAUCGCACUGUAACAACUCCUACACCUUUACUAUCACCUGGAGAAGAAGAAGAAGAAGAAGAAUUCAUGGAUGAAGAGGCACUGUUUGACAUGCCCAACUUGAUUGACAACAUGGCUGAGGGAAUGCUGAUGAGCCCACCAAGAAUUAACUCGCCGUAUUUUGAUGACGACUCCAAUGGAUGUUUAGAUUUAGAUACUCUCUGGAAUUACUAUUAG